AUGAGUUCAGCUCCAAAAGUUGGAGAUAUUGAAGAGGAAAAUAUUUUAUCAACAAAAAUAAAAUUAACAAAAAAUGAAUUUAAUGCUACAGUACGUAAUAAACUUGAAUAUAAUCGUCUUAAAAUUAUUAAACGACAUAUUGGAUAUCAAAGUGAUAUGAAUGCAUGUAAAAUGCGAACAUCAAUACAUGAUUUAAGAAAAUGGUUAGAUGAAAAUCAAACAGUUGUUUGUAAUAUUGAUGAAUUUUUUAUGAAUAGAAAAAUUCAAUCAGCUACUCCUCAUUGUCGUCCUCGUUUACCCGGUGUUCGUUCAAGUUUUGCUCAUUCUAAUGAUGAUCGAUCUCAAAAUCGAGCAAAAUCUGCAUCAACAAUAUCUCGACCAUAUACUGCACCACUUCAAACAAUAUAUGAACAAAAACCUGAUCAAACAGAUAUAGAAAGUGAUGAUGAAGCUAUACCAAUAUCAAUUUCUCGAUUGACUUCAGGUAAACGUUCAGUUGCUCGAUCGUCUUCUGCUGUUUCAACUUCAACUAUGUCUCAACAUCUUACUGAAACAAAUAUUAGUAGUAUUGAUACAAAAUCAUCGACUAUUUCAUCAAUUAGUCAUCGAAUAACAUGGCCUGUUAAAUUAAAAGUAUUUGCAUUACAAGAUGAAAAUGAAGCUCGUCAACAAUAUUUAGCUUGGCGUGCUGAACAACGUAAAAAUAAAAUGAAACAAGCACCAACAACAUUUUUUGAUGGUGAACUUGAACGAAAAUAUCAAGAAUCAAUUCGACGACGACAAGAAAUUGAUGCAUUUCUUACACCAGAAUUAAUACAAGAACAUAAAUUAAAUGAUCCAAUAUUUGCUAAACGUUAUCGACAAUUAAAAUUAGCUUUACGAGCUGGUAAAAUUCCAUCAUAUGAUCCGAAUGAUUGUGAAUUAAAUUUAACUAUGACGAAAUCAAAAAUAGAACGUGCAAGAUCAGCACUUAUUACAGCUAAGCAAUCCAAAAUUAAAACUUAUUAUCAAACUCAACAAAAUAUUAAUGAUACAAAUUUAUCUAAACGAAUUGAAACAUUUUUAAAACGAAUUGCAAAACUUAAAGAAGAACAAGAACAAGAAUGUUCAGUUUAA